UUCGACCCUCCACCCUGCCUGAGGAACGAAGGGGUCAAUCUGGUGCCAGUAAAACGUAAACAAACUCGUGCUCGUUCUUCAAAUGGGGUUUCUGUCAAGUCGCCACAAAUUCAAAAGCCUGGUUAGUUGGGGGGACCGUUUGUCGUGUUUCGCGGUUGGACUAUGUCAUGUCGUCUGCGCCACGCCCUCUCCGGUCGUCGCCCAAUGAGUCGCCUCCAACCUGUCUAGGAUCGAUCCAGUUCAUCCGAUUGCAAGAUUUCAUGUCCUACCACGAUGUAAGCGUGCGACCCGGUCCAGGAUUUAACGUGGUCAUUGGACCCAAUGGCAGCGGCAAGAGCUCGAUUGUAUCGGCCAUCACGUUAGGUCUGGGUGGAGAUCUGAGCGAAUUGAAGCGACAGCGAUCGAUCACGGAUUUCGUGAAUACCACCACUGAUGCGGAUUGCGCCCGGAUCACCAUCGAGUUGUAUCGAGAUCAUGAGCGCGUGUACAAGGUUCAAUGCGAGAUCAAGCGCUCUGGGCAGAUCGUUUUUCAUCUGGACGAGGUCCUCGUCACGCAAGCCAAAGUCAAGAACUUGGUGGAGAAGCUUAGCAUUCAAACCAACAACUUGUGCCAGUUCUUGCCGCAGGAUGUGGUGCGAGAUUUCCCGGACAUGCCCUCGCAUGAGAAGCUAUUCAACACCAUUCGAGCAGUAGGUGAUGGGCGGACCAAUGAACUCCUUCAGGAGCUGAAAGACGAACAAGACAAGCUGGAGAGUCUGCAACAAAUGCUCCAGAUCAAAGUAGGGACUUUUACCGAGCUGGAGCGGAAAUGGGAGAGCUCCACUGUGGUCCGAAAUGUCAUUCGUCAACGCCAACGCCUACAGAAUAGCUUGAACUUGUUGGGCAUCAAGGAAAAAUUCUUUCUCUUCAAGCAACUGCGACUGGAUAUUCGGGACCUGGAGAAGAAGAUAAUCGAUUCAAAAGAAAAGAUUGACAGUCUAGCUCACUCCAAGGCGGAGCUGGAUCAAAAGCUCGAGACUCAUCAUCAGGCUAAGACCAACCUGGAAUUGACCAUGGUCGAGCCCAAAGACGUAAUUGCCAACUACAAGGCCUUCAUGAGUAGUUCCCCGAGUGAGAUACUCAACGACAAAAUCAAGUCCAUCACGAAUAAUCUGAACUCAUUAACCUCUCGAUACGAAAGCAAAGCUCAACAGAUUGAGCAACUCGAGGAAGAAAUUCAGUCGGCCACCCAACAAAUUGAUUCUUCCAAGACUCAAGGCAAAUUGGAAUCUGAAUACGAAACCCUGAACAAACAACUCAAGGCCAAGCAAUGUGAAAUAACGGCCAAAGAGCAUCUUCACUCCGUGGCAUUAGCCGAAUUGAAUGCUUUGGACCGCCAAAUACAACGUUUAUCGUCCGAGCGAAGCCGACUCCACUCCGAGGAGAAUCAAAAAAUGAACAUUCUGAAACAGAGAAACCCUGACGUCUUCCAAGGGCUGGAAUGGCUUCGGGCAAACCGUGACCGCUUUAAUCACACCAUUCAUGAUCCCAUCAUGGUUUGCUUGCGCGUUCUGGGUCCUCCAGAAAACGCCCUUUAUUUAGAGCGACUUAUUGGGGCCCAAGACUUGCAGGCCUUCGUUUGCGAAGAUCCUUCCGAUGCCAACAAGCUCAUGAAUAUUCUAAGGAGUGAGAAGAAACUGAGCCGAAUCAACGUCAUCACUAGUAGCAACACUAGCACGUCAAAUUGUGAGCCCAUCCCCUGUUCCAUUCAAGGUUUCAAAGGCUUCGUUUCCGAUAUGAUGGAUUGCCCACCAGCAGUGAGGACCUAUCUGUGCUCCAAAAAGCAACUCAAUCGAAUCCCAGUGUUUACGGCUGGUAGUGAUAGCAAGCACGUGGGUCAAAAGUACUUCCGUUAUUUCGUGGAUCGGAAGCUUUUCGUGAAACGUCAAGGCCGUUAUUCCAACUCUGAAUCCGUGUCCAUUGAGAAUUGUGCCAAUGACGAGGUUCGUUUCUUCCCGUCGGCCACGGUUGAUGAUAACGAGCUUCAGAGCAAUGAACGAAACAUUGCGUGGGCUAGAAAAGAACAGACCAAAAAGAAGUGGGAAGCCGAAAGUUUGACCAAUGAACUGAAAGCUGUCAACAGUGCUCAUGAUCGAAUAUCGAAUCACAUGGCAGAUAAGAAGCACGAGAUUGAAAGACUCAAGGGCUUGCAAUGGAAGAUCAAGGAUUUGGAGGGGCAAGUCGACGUUCUGAAGAAAUCGGCAGAUAUUCAGAGCCUUCGAGAACGAAGUCUGAAUGAAAGAGAGAAGGCCUUGAAACAAAUUAGUGUGGUACAUCAAGAAAUGUUGGCAUUCACAAAUAAGUACUCUAUGGCAGUGUUGACCCUCAAGUUUGCUGGCAUCCAAAUGGAGCAGUUAGAGAAAUCAAGCAGUCAAGAGAGAACUGCACACGCGGACAUAGAGGCAGAUCACAACGCAAUGACCACGAUGCUGAAGGACCUGGAGACGAAGAAAGUGACAAAUACCCAAGCCUUUCAAAAGAUCCACAGGGAAGUUCAGGCCCAUAUCACUUUCGACAAGAAACGAGUGCGCCUGAAGCCAGAAUUCGAAAAGAGCCUGCAAGAAGUCUGUCCAGGUGAGUUCACCUCCCAUUCUGAAGCCCGUGCCCGAAUGGAAACCUUAGAGAAAGACCUCCGAGACCUUCCGGCCAUAUCCCAACGGGACGAGGACGAUGCUAAGUUGUCCGAGCGGAAGUUCAAGGAGGCCAAAGAUGCCAUUCAAGAUAUGAAGGCUCAAAUCUCUCGGCAUGAAAAGGAUGCCAUCGUGCGCGGUCAAACCAUUUCCCGUCGAAUUCAAGAACUCGUCUCGAAAAUCGACUCUCGAUUCUCGGCUAUGAUGGCCGAUUUGGGACACGCCGGUUGCAUCAAGCUCGAUCAAGGCGAGGGCCCAUCUGAUUUCAAGUCAUUUGGGCUGGAUAUCAUGGUGAAUUUUGCCGGUGCCAAAGGAAACAUGGAGGCUCUUUCGGGAUCCGUCCAAUCCGGCGGUGAAAAGUCGGUCAGCACGGCCGUGUUCAUGAUGGCCUUACAAGAACUGACGCAAGUACCUUUUCGAUGUGUUGACGAAAUCAAUCAAGGAAUGGAUGAAGUGAAUGAACGUCUCAUUUGGAAGAUGCUUUUGACCACGGCUAAUCGCUACACUGCCCAAUACAUGUAUUUUUCUCCCAAGUUCCCUCGAGAACUCGAGUUUACCCCGGAUAUCAAGGCGGUGUUUUGCAUCAAUGGAGCCCUAAGAGUGGAUCUCCCAAAUCACUUCCAUCUUUCCAAUAUUCUGCAACGCAUGAAGAAGAAGCGCAAAAUCGUUACAUAACUUGAAAAUUGUUCAUACAUCUAUACAGAAAUAUACGGUCUCAAUCUUU